UCAUGGGGCCCCCGGGCAAUAGGGGAUCAUGGGGCCACUGUGUCCUUGCCCAAACACAAAAACGCCUAUGAAAAAGGUACCAGGGGAAUCUCAUGGGGCCGCCUACUGACCCCAGGCCCUCGGGCAGUGCCCGAGUUUCCAAAUGGUCAGCCCGCCCCUGGUGCUGUGUAAAUUGACGGCGCUAUAUAAGAUUGCAGACUCCACCUCCGCAACAUCUCCAAAAUACGCACGUUCCUAACUCCAGAAACUACAAAGCAACUCAUUCACUCCCUUAUCUCCCGACUUGACUACUGUAACUCCCUCCUCGCCGGUCUACCCCAACACAGGCUAUCCCU